AUCCGAAAAAGAAGAAAUUUGGAGUGAAACAGAAUCCCUUACGAUGAUGACAUGCAUUAAAUAUGUCACAGAAUGUACAAAAGUGCACUUUAAGGUUCUUGUAAGUCAAAGUGUCUCAGAAUUUGUAUGGGAAAAACUCUUCCUUUAUAACAGAAACAUUCAGACAUGGCUGGUGAAGAUGGCGAACUUUCUAAAUUCUCCAGACACCUCACACCCAGUGGUCAGAGUUCUGCUGCAGCAAGUAACAGAUUUCCUUGGUGAACAUGAAAUUCGGGAGUUGGAAGGUCUUAAAUCUCUUAAAGGCUUUCUUCCCACCAUUAAAAAACAUGAAGAGAUAUUAAGUAUUCAAAGUGUAAAAGACCACUUGUCUCAGAUGAAAACUUAUGCGACACUUGAGGACCCCCUAACAGACGCAGCACAAGAGAUAUUUAAUUACAAAGUUCGCUGUUCACUCCUGAAUCUUAAGGACAUUGUAGCAAAAACUGGAGAACAAUACCAUCAGAGCCUGGUGACUCUCCUCUUCUACGAAUACAUUAGAAAAGGUGAUGUUUGGCUGAAAAUAACUGACUGGGAAGCGAUUAUAGAUAAAGUUAAUGAAUUAGAGCGCCAUAUUAAUAAUCUGAAGAGCAUGGACAAAGACGAAGGGGAGGCCUCUGUGUUCUUAAUGGCUCUUAAAAAGGUAGAUGGAUUGCUAAAUACUAAAGAACAAGAGGCCACAGAGCUUAUAGACAUUAUUAAGGAUGAAAUGGGAUCUGAUUUAUGUCCAGCACUUCAGGAAAUUCUGAAACAAGGUGGAGAACCAAAGUUAAACCUACAGCAGAUGAGAGACGAACUGAAUUUAAUCAUAAACAAAUGUGUUAAAGACAAAGAAAUGCAGCAAAAAAAUAUUAAUAAAAUUAAACAAUUAGCAUGCAAAAGUCCCAACUCCACAGUGCAAUUACAACAAUUGGAGAGCCAGCCAUUGAAAACAAAUGAAAUUAUUGAAUUACUUGGGCUUGAUAAAUUCUGCAAGGUGAAACAAAAUGUAAGACAAAUUAAGAAGGUCCACAAUUUAGAAAUACUUUAUAGCAGUCCACCAGAACUUGUCAACAUACCCGGGUACUUCAUUGGAAGGCUGAUGAUGUUGCAUUCAAACACCAUGAACCUGAAGUGUUUAAAACCACAAACACAUCCUGAGGUAACUAAAAAGGAAUCGGUGACAGAGGAUGAGAAUGAAAACUGGUUUGGUGACGCGAAUGACGACAAACUCAACAUAAAUCCUCUUGACGUAGUCGUGGCCGUGUUUAUGUGCUCAGAUCUCUUUGUUCAACAAGAACUUGUGGUGAAAAUGUCUCUGUGCCAGUUUGCAAUCCCAUUACUGUUGCCAACCACAAAUAAAACUAGUACCUUCCUCCUUUGGACAUUGAGUGCUGUAAAGAAGAAAUGGAAAAGAAAGUCCACAGAGAAUGAAAGUUGUGUUACUGACAAGAGGCUUGCUACAUAUCCAAUGGCCCAUGUCACAUUUAUCCGACUGGGAGAUCUUCAGCGUUCAAAAUCGGCCUUCUUUAAUGGUCUUCUUGGUGCCUCUGAAUUCCAGAGCAAUUUUUUCAUCCACUCAGACAUGGAGUGUAGAGAUGUUCGACGGAAAAUUUCCAAUGGCCUCAUUGAGCUCACUUGGCACUUGCCACAUGAGAAGGAACAUCUUGAUGUUUUCAGUACACCAUGUUGUAUAUUAAAUCUGCGGGGAGAUGCAAAGUUAUUCUCCAAACAUGUUGCAUUUCUUGCUGAAGUUUCUUCAGUAAUUUGUCUUUUUGUAGACAACAUCGGUGAUGAAGAGGAGAAACUGAUCUGUGCUCUUCAAAAAUCAAAAGGAAAAGUGUUCCUACUGGUAAAUCCAACAAACAGCAAUCUGCUGGAAAAUAGCAGAAGACUGAGCCACUUGAAAUCCACCCUGAAUAUUACAAAGGAUCAGGUUUUGAUUCGUACCAAGAAAAAUGAUAGUGAAUUCAUAUCAGUGGUCCGCUCAGCGAUAUCUAAUGUCCUGACUUCAGAACCGCAUACAAUGUCUUUGGAAAAAAUGGCAGAGGAUGCUAAAAGGUGUGGAUUUAACAUCGAUGAAGACUAUGCACCAUGCCAGACUGGAAAGGAUAAAGCAAAUGUUGUUCUUAGAAACCUAAAACAGAAAACCUGUGAUGAAUCCCAACAGAAAAAGAGCCCAAUUGAAGGUGAGAAAGCAGAAGAUAACACUUGUGAAUUUAACCAAGAAGGAAUUCCUAAAUUUAAAAAGAAAACAUUUCCAUUCCAAGGUGAAUCCUGGCGUGAGUAUUCUGAAACAGACAAAGAGAGUUGGCGGUUAAAGAACAUUGGUCAGAAAACGUUGUGUGAAUACACAAAGGAGUUAAAUCAGAAAAAGAUGAAAAUACGGCAGAAGCAAAUGGAAAAGGACAUUUCAGUUCCUGUUGAGAAAUUUAUCGAGGCGCUUAUGAUGAGCACCAGUGAAGAAAGGCUCUUCUUCUUGCAUUGGAUGAAGCUGUAUUUGGAUUCUCUUUCUGCAGAUGUGUUACCUGAGAUUCAAACACAGCUGGUGAAAUGUAAAGAUGAAAACAAAAAGAAGGCACUGCUAGAGAAGUUCUCCAACAGCUCAGUGGGGCUGGAGCACUUUCUGCGUGAAAUUGGCCAGAUGUAUGAGGCUGUAAUCAUGUGUGACUCCACCUUGAAAGCAGACUUGUCCAGUUUACCCAGAGUGGCUGCAGAGAUUCUGCUGGAUGGUGUCCCAAUUGAGCUCAUUGAUGGCAAUGUCUCAAAUAUUCCACUGAGGUGGGUGUCAGACAUUUUAGCUGAAGUUCAGAACAAAACACACCCAGACACUCACAUAUAUGUGCUGUCAGUACUGGGGGUGCAAAGCUCUGGGAAAUCCACCCUCCUCAACACCCUGUUUGGGCUUCAGUUUGCAGUCGGCGCCGGAAGGUGCACACGGGGGGCCUUCAUGCAGCUCAUCCACUUGGAUGACAACGUUAAAGAAGAACUGGGAUGUGAUUACAUUUUGGUGAUGGACACGGAGGGGCUGAGGGCCCCAGAGUUACUAAACUCAAGAGACAUCUAUGAGCAUGACAACGAGAUGGCGACACUCAUCACUGGAUUAAGUGACAUCACACUGGUGACACUGAGCUCUGAGAACAUUGCAGAGAUGCAGGACAUUCUGCAGAUAGUCAUCCAUGCGAUGAUAAGAAUGAGGGAAACUGGAAAGAAGCCCAACAUUUAUUUUAUUCACAACAAUGUCUCUGAUGUCUCUGCAGGUGUCCAGAACAUGUUUGGCAAUAGAAAGCUUCUGGAGCAACUUGACAUUGUCACAAGAGCCGCUGCAAAACAGGAAAAUAAAGAAAAAACCUACUCAAGAUUUAGUGACGUGAUUCAGUACGAUCCGAGUAAAAUAAGUAUAUACAUACCUGGACUAUGGCGUGGCGUCCCACCAAUGGCAGCUGUCAGUAAUGGCUACAGUGAGAAACUCUAUGAGUUGAAAGCUGUACUUCUAGAGUGUAUGAAGGAGAAGAAGGUAGCCUACAGUCCAAUGAGUAUAACAAACUACAUCAAGUCCAUGGAAGAUGUGUCCUAUGCUGUCAAGUCAGAAGACUUCAUAUUCAGUUUUCAGAACAGCCUGGCAGCAGAAGCAUUUGCUAAACUCUCUAACCAGUACAACGACUGGAAAUGGGAAAUCCAGAAGAGCUUCAUGGAGUGGAGAGAAGGAGCAGAGAUGAGAAUUAAAAGCUGUGAAGAGCCGGACUCUCUAGAGCCACAAUUAUCAAAAGAGGCUGGAGACCUGGCCAAGGCGAAGGAGGAACUGUACCUUCAAAAACUGACUUAUUAUUAUAAACGUGAUGUGGAAAACAAACAAUACAUAGAAAGAGACAAACAAUACUUUGAGGUAAAUAUCAAGGGUCUCUGUAAGCAGUAUAUGAACACUGCACUUAUGGGGUGCAAAACUUUAAUGAAAACCUGCAAGAGAGUCAAUAUGAUAAUGAGAAGAUAUAAAGAACAGAUCAAGGAAAGAGUUAACAAUCUCGUGAAGGAAUGCAAAGAAGGGAAAAGCAAAGUUUUGGAGGCAGAACUUCAUAAAGAAUUUGAGAAGAUGUGGAAGGAAACUUUGGGGUCAUUGGAGAGACUUGUGAUUGAAGUGGACAUCAGACAUGACAUGGAAGAGAGCCUCCUGCAGUCAGACCCUACCAGGAGCAAAGACAUCAAAGAAAAGCUGCGGCGCAGAGGACUUCAUGAGUGGGGAAACAAAGAGUUUAUAGCUCAUGAUAAACCUCCAAAAGAUGAAAAUGAUUUUAAAUGUCAAGUGAAUUUAUUUAAGCCAAUGAAAGGAAUAACAAGAAUGGCUGGAGGCUUCAUAGAGUACACCAAAUCAGUAUUUAAAAGAGGAGCUCAUGAAAACGAAACUCAAAGGACAGCAGAUAUGGUAAUAAGCACAUGUGUAAAGUAUAUUAAUAAACUUGUGAGCAGAGAUGCAGAUUAUGAUCCAAGCUUAUGCAUGGGAGUAAUCAAAGAAAUAGAAAGACAGAUGAAGACACUGGGGGAUGAGAAAAGGGAGAUUAUUGAUCAUCUGCAAGUGGACAUCAAACUUCACGUCUGCGGCUCAGCAGUCCAAAGAUUCCAGGAAAUGCAUGACAGAUUUAUCAGUAAAAUUGAUCCACGGAGUAGACUGGAGGAGAGGAAGCAAACUUACUGGGAGAUGUUCAGUGACCUGUACCACGAAAGAGAUAAGAGCCAAAGGGCAGCAAAGAGGUUUUGUGACUUGUGUUUAAAAGUGUCACUCAUUAGAGGAAUUGAGAGCCAAUUAUCAAAGAGAAUCGUCAGUGACAUGAGAGAGACGUGGGCCCCUGUGAAGCUGACAAACAUCCCCUACUUCCAGUUAGCUCUGCUCAUCAGUUUACAUGAGUCGGGGAACUUUGAAGACUACAAGGAGUACAUCAGAAAUUAUGAUGGCUAUGCACAGAGAUGGCUCUUAAAACAGGUGCUGGAAUAUUGUAAAACUGAGGUGGACGGCAAAAUGAGAUUACAUUCAAUGGAGGAGGAAAUUAUGUGCAACAUGAUGGGAAAAGUGAAGGUAACAUUAAAAGAUGUAAAAGAAAGUGAGAACAAAACAGCUAAAGAUUUUCUAACACAUUUUAUGAAAGCAAUUGAAACGAGGCAGGUAUGGAUUAUUAAAGAAAACUUGGAUGUGAUUAAUUUAAAAAAUAUUAAGCAGUUUGAAGUGGAGCUAUCAGAGGCAAUUAAUGAAUUAGAAAAAGAGCUAAAAAAUCAAAUCACACGUUUUGAUGUUGAAUGUAAAUUGAAGAAUCUGUCCAGUCCACCUCAUGAGCAGCUGUUUGAAUUGCUAAAAGGCUGUGGAGAGAAAUGUCCAUAUUGUGGGACUCCUUGUGAGCUCGAUGGGGAAAAUCACCAGCACUACUCGAGAUACCACAGGGCAUUCGGCGUCAGCAAUGCUUCACCAAAUCAGCUGAAAUCUAAAUCAGUAAUUAGAAACAUAUUGUGGUGGAGUUUUGACCUGAGAAGAAUGAACUGUGUGUGCCAAAAUUAUCAAGCCAGACAACACAACACAGAAAUAAACUACUGGGGUGAACUUUACCAAGAUGACACCUCACUUUACUGGCAGUUUGUUCUCAAUAAGUAUAAGGAGGAUUUUGCAACAUUUUACAAGACCACCCCUGUUCGAUUCAGAAGAACAUUUAAUCUGAACUGGGAAGAUGUGAAGAGUGACCUAGAAAACAAAUACAGAAUCAGUCUUGAAGAUCUGAGGUAAUGUGUGAAGAACAGAAUGGAAUUAUUGUUCUAAAUGCAGAGCAGAUUGAUCAAGGUAGUAACAUCAGUCAAAGUACAUUUACAAGAUAAAAGGAAAUAGUUCACCAAAUACCACCAGUUUACGUAUUCUCUAAAUAUCACAUUCAGAAAGGCAAGGAAAUCUGGGAAUUCAGCUUCAGACAUGUGAGAAAGCCAUUUAGUACAAAAUAAAAUAAUGUGAAGUCAUAUAAAAAGGUUGACUCUUAACACAUCACUUGUCCUCUUUUUAUUAUUUAUGUAACUUCUAUUUUCUGUAAUGUUGCACAUUUUGGAGUGAAUGUUCCUGGUCCAGAGUUUUAUAGAUGCUGUUCUGUGCUCAAUGCUGGCAGUAUGUCAAAACUUACAAGGAAACAUCUGCUGUUCAGAUGACAACGACAAGGACCAAUGUCAAGUGUCCCACGUCUUCAUGUCAGCCUUUACUAACUCCUGGGUUUAAACUUCACUGCUAAAAAGAGAUCAAACCUAGAACUUGUUGCAGGCCUCCCUGAAUUUACCAUAUGUGAUUUAUGGUAGUUCCUUAGAUCAGAUGUAACUGACUUUAUAAAGUUUAUCUGAAAAUGCAGAAAGGUGAAAUCAAACAGAAUCCUUUACCACCAGGAAAUGCAUUACAUGAAUGACUGAAUGCAGUAAACGAGUGUACUUGAAGAUCGUUGUAAGUGAAAGUGUCUCAGACAUUGAAUAGUAAAAAGACUUCCUCUGUCACAGAAACAUUCAACUGAACUUUCCAAACUAACAAGACACCUCACAUGUAGCAGACACAGUUCUGUCACAGCAUGUAUUUGUGUUUCCCUGGAAAAUAUGGAAUUUGAGAAAUGGAAGGUUCGAUGUCUCUCUGGGCUGUGAGGUCCGAAUAGGAUACGCCGGAGAGGUGUCAGCUUUAAAAGAAGGUGUUGAGAAUUUUGAUCAAGGAUCAAUGUGCCUCAUUAUUAGUUUUAGUAUCUCAGCUAUGAAAAGCCCAGGCCUGAAAGAGCUUUAAAAGGACACCAUUUAUUACUUGCCUGCCUUUCACUUGCUUUGUUUUGAACUUCUGUGAGUCAAGGUCGCUGUGUUCUCUGAAGAAGCAAGCAGGCAGGUUUUGUUUUGGGAAUGCAAGUGCUGAGCUUCUCACUAACAGAAGACGAAACAAACUUCAUUCAGGGCCUUUGCCCGUGUGAGUAAAGGGCGAGAUCUCAAGAUAAUGCAUAAAAUAUAAAAGAACUCAAAUGGCAUUUAGAAGUAUUAGGGCUCUUCAAUACCUUAGGCAAUAAAGUUACAAUAAAAUGCAUUACAAUAUCAAGUUAGUCUGAGCUAUAUAGGAGCUUAAGAGUUGAUUACUGAAGGUUAGGGAUCCUUCCCUGCACAUAGAUGUCCGUGAAGUAAGCAGCAGCUUGGCCCUGUCAGACAAGUGUGCUGCUGCGUGUUACGAGAUAUCUGCACUGCUAUCUGCAUUUGUGGGCUUUUAUAUUACCACACAUAUAUGUUUUAGGGUGGCACGAUGGCGCAGUGGUAGCGAUGCUGUCUCGCAGCAUGGAGACCUGGGUUUGAUUCCC